AUGUGUGCAGGCCUUCGAGAAAAUGUGCCGUGGCGAAUGUUCUACGAGCCCACGUGUAUCAACAAUCCUGUCAACUGUGACCAGGUUAGAAGAGUUGAUGCACUCUCCCCUACUGAGAUGAAGGAAACUCCAAUAGGAGUUGUCGAGGAGAAUCAAGGGUACUUGUUUGCUAUUCUGGGCUCCAGCAACAAGGAACCACAGCAACCUGAAGGUCCUGGGCCUUCGCAGUCACAACCGUCUUGGUGUGUCUGCAAUUUUUGUAAGGAAAUGCCAACUCAGAGGGAACGACUGUGUUGUCAAAAUGAUCCGGAGAGUUGCAUUUCUAGACUACCUGAUUUCAGAGUUCUUAUGCUCGAUGAGGCUGUCCUGGCUGUAGCCAGACUUUACCGGCAGGAUAUCCUGGCAUGGAUGCAAUAAUGUUUAAUUUGUAGAAAUAAUAGGUAUCUUACGAACAUUCAGGGAAACUGGAGUCGAAACAUGGGUAUAAGCGUAGAUCGUAAUAAUAAGAAACUGAGGCAACCAAAAUUGACAGGAAUGUAAAAAGCAAGAGAAGAUCGCCAAUAUACGAUGCCAUGAUUUUCCCGCAAUUCUUAGUAAAUAUAACAACCUCAGUACAUGUAUUUUAAUUGAACCUCAACAUUCAGUUUUUCAUUACGAAAUAUGUUUGCUGUCAUAUAUAACAUGUCAUUCGAAAAUGCAAACCAAAUACCAAUAAAUUAAUAACAUUGGUUGCAUAUUAUGAGUGUAUGAGUACUGGAUCAGACAAUGGUUGCCAUUAUAAAGAGAAACAAAGGCCCAUGACGAAUAAACAAUGGUUGACGUAUACCGGUCUCUACUAGCGAAUGAGUAGCGGA